AUUUAAUGAACUUAACAUAUAUGUUAACUCAGAUGUGCAUUUCGUCUCAUUAGGAUGAGGUGAAAGAGCACACAGAAACAUUUUCCUUUGUCUGGAGAACCUAAGGAUUAUAUCGAUGCCUACCUUGCAGAAAUGGCUCAGCAAAAGGCUCGAGGAGAAGACAAUCCUAAUUUCUCAGAAUAUGUAUUACAAGUGAACAUCUCGAACCUGUUCAUCGCCGGAAGUGAUACGACGGCUAAUACCAUUCGUUGGUGCGUCCUGUUUCUCCUCUGCCACCCCGAAAUUCAGGAGAAACUCCAGACUGAAGUCGACAGCAUUGUUGGGCCCGACCGACUUCCUUCGCUCAACGACCGACACAGAAUGCCCUACACUCAAGCCUUCAUAAUGGAGGUACAACGGUUAGCGAAUCUGAUUCCGUUUGGAUUGGCUCACUUGGCCACUGAAGACACCGAAGUCGCCGGUUAUCGGUUCCCGAAGGGAACAACAUUCCUGGCGAACAUGUGGUCGUUUCACAUGGAUCCAAAGUUCUGGCCCGAUCCCGAAAAGUUCGAUCCUGAAAGAUUCCUGAAUCCAGAUGGAUCCGUGAAGACAAAAGUCCCCAGCUUCCUCCCCUUCCUCCUCGGGAAGCGUCAAUGCCUAGGAGAGUCCUUGGCCCUAAUGGAACUCUUCCUGUUCUUGACAAUCUUCAUGCAGAAAUUCAUAUUUCGCACCACGACGGGACGUCCUCAUCCCAAAGCUGAAGCCGUUGGUAACUUCAUCGUGAAUCCUCCCAAACCAUACCAAUUCCUUGUGGAGGAGAGGAAGCAUUGA